UCUGCUAACACGGCUGUUAGGCGCUGCCGGGUUUUGCUCGUCCUGCAAUGUCUUCGACUCGGUGCCAAGCUCGUCUCGCUGGUUCACUACAUAGCUUCUCAUCUAUUCAGCAGUAUCGCUACACUUCUCGUUCUUCCGGAUUGGCAUCUCCUCUUUACACAAACAUAUCCGUCAUGGCCCGUGCGCAGCGCCGACGGCUGCCCGCACGGCCCUCAUCGUCAUCUCCUCCACCCCCUCGCUCGCCAGUGCCAUCAUAUGCUGGGCGCAUGAUCACUCUCUGCCGGGGCAUUUUCCCUGCAUUGUCAGCAUGUGCCGACGUCAAGAGCACUCUGAUUCGCGGGCUACAUCGCCUGUGAUCAAGGCUGCCGUGUCUGGAGUGUGCCGCGCUGGGGACUGUCCUAGAUCAGCUCUCAUCCUUUUCUACCGCGCACACCCGAGAUGCUAACCUAUAUAUCGUUCCUCAGAACCGACUUUUUUUUCCGCUUGUUUAUAGGGGCCUGAUUCUCAGAACCGACUAAGU